GACGUAAGUAAUACAUGCAUGUAAUACUUAAAAAAAUAUAAAGACAAAAUUGUAACUAAUUCCAUGAUUUUUCAUCACGACCCAAUCAAAACUCCUUUCGAGUCCGAGUUAUCACUACGCAUUGCCUAUGAAAAAUUUAAAAAUGUUUUUAACAACAUAUGUCAUAUUGUACGAAAACAUUGUGCUAAAACUGUAAAUAAAUCAACCGAAUUUAAAUUAAAGCCAUUUCGGUGCUAUGUGGUUACUGAAGCAUAUAAGGCAAAUAGGCCGCGUUGGCGUACGCGUGUAUGGCCAAAUGCAUGACCCCUUGGACCACGUCACGGGUUUGGAGAAAAGAGAAUUGCUCGCUCAUUUAGCUGGGGACUGCGAUCCAUUCCGAAUGUUGUCCAUCAAAAAAGGACCGGGAACCCGUGAGCGUCCAAAUUUGAUCCCCAGCGCGAACGCAGCUCGGCUCAUAUGUUGCCAUUGUAAUGAGUCGGUCAACCAUCUGGAGUUCAUGUGGCUGCAUCAAGGAGAGCCCAAGCGCUGCGGCUGUGGGUACUGGUUUGAACUGUGCCCCGUUGCUCCUCUUUAAAUAAAAAAUAAAUAAUUA